AUGGACGUGGGUAACUACUCACCCAUCUCCUUUGACCUUCCCACGGCCAAAGACGGAUAUUUUGAGCCCUUCCCGUACAUUGUUGCCCAAGACCAACAGCCUCCCCAGAGCUUCUAUGCGAGCCCCCUUUCUGUUCGAGAAUGGCCCGCCUCAUCGCCAGUCUCGACUGAACCGAUCAUCGACAAAGUCGUCAUGCGUGUGGUGCCCAAACUGCAAAAUGGCUUCAGCAUCCACCAUGCAGACGUACAGGGUCCGAUACAGUUUCAGGGUCCCCCUAUGAUUGAUCAAGUGGUCAUGCAGAUCCCCCCCAGAAACCAACAAAGCGACCAGCCAGCCGGCUAUGUCUUCAACCACAGCUUCGCUCCCAGACCAGAAUGGCAGAGUCCAGUCGAUCUGAGUCCUCCGGUCAAUCCGACUCCUCUGUUCAAUCCGAGCCCUCCGUUCAAUCUGAGCCCUCCGGUCGGCGAUCAAAUGGACAUGACGGCUGAACCCCAACCAGCGCCUCAGGAUGCUGGGAAGUCUGGCGAGAGCACCAGGAGUGGUGUAGAAACCGGUCGCGGUCUUCGAUGCCCAAGCGAGGAAAAAUGGCGAGGUGCCUGGCGUGCGCGGAGCAGGACGUCGACUGUAGCCUGGGAACCCCAUGCUUCAAUUGCGCGACGUCGGGCGAAGAAUGCACUAGGCGUGAGUUCCCUUUCGUUGGCUUCGUUCCGACAUACCAAACAUUGGAAGUCGCUUUCCAGGGCCCCCGCGGUCCUCAGCAGCGCCGUCGUUAACGCUGGUGUCACAGGUUUCGGUAAUCCUCCAGGCGAAAACGCUUCUGAUCCUGGGCGAUCCUGGCCCACUUCGCCCGACGACAUAUUUCUUGGGUACGAACAAGCUAGCUUUCCGACAAGUGUGCUCUGGUCACCGCCGGCCGAAUCAUCCCGUGGACAGCCCCAGUCCAAGAUCCAGAGUGCCAUCUUCCAGAACUAUACGCGCCGUUUUGAGAGCCCUAUGAAAUGGUGGAUUGCCAGGUUGAGUUCGCUCCCUCACACCGACCCCACCAAUUCGCCCCGAGAAGUUAGGUUGGUGCCUUCUUUGAUGGAGAUGGCUCAGAAGCUGGACGGGGAUUUGAUGUCCUGGCACCAGGAGAGUGCCUGGCGCGUGUUGAAGACGGCAAUUGCAGCAUUCGGCAGUCAGGGGAUUGACCCUGGGUCCAACCGGUGGCAGCCGAAAUAUGGAUUCGACAAUGGAUGUCGUCCCGAGUUCUGGACCAAGGCCAAAGCAUCUAUCGACAACAGCCCCGACGUCCUCUCGUUUCAGGUCAUUCUUGCACACUUCAUCGUUGGGAUGAUCCAUUUCCCAGCGUCCGAGUACGACGAGAGUUUUGCGGCCGAGGCGCCGUCGGGGAUAUCCUUUCCGCGUCAGGACAGCCGCAAAGUAGGCAACAGAUUCAUCAGGCGCGGUAUAUCCGAUCUCUUUCAGUUGAUACGACAGGUGAGAGACGGUCCAGCCACGGGGUUCACCGCCACCCCCCUAGGUCAACGAUACCUGAAAUCCAUCUUCAGUCUUGGCCUUUUUCUCGACACCAUCUCGUCGGCGGUUGAUGGUCGUCCGGUGUUGAUACACGAUGAAGACUGUGCAAUCAUACUCGGCGAACCGACACAGGGACCAUCGGCCGAGCAGACCUCCGGGCUAUGGCAUCUUUCGCGCCUGCAAAUCAAAGUCAAAGUUGUCAAAACGGAUGAUGGUAGACAGCACAUAGAUUGCCAUUCUCGCCUGGGGGAAGAAGGCGCCCCCAUCACAGUCUUGCUCUUUCGCAAGGUCACGCAGCUGCAAGCUCUCCUCUUCCGGCGACGGCCGCAGUCCGAGCUCGAGGCAUCCAUCCUCGAGGCCAUCGACGUAUACAAUCACGGGAACAAGCGGUAUGGCGGGUUGUCAUCUGAUCCGCUCAGUGUCUGCGAUUCCUCGUGCACGAUCAACCUGGGGAUCCGAUGGCAUCUGGCCUGUCUCCUGCUGGCAGUCGUGAUCGAGCGUAUCGAGCGCGUUAUGAAGCCAUCGGCGUUCUCGGAAAAGCUUCGCAGUCAUCUCUGGAACUUGAGAAUGAAAGCCGUCUUCAUAAUCUCAGGCCUCGCAAACCUCUCGAUCCCCGGACCCGGAUCAGAGCACGCAUCAGUACUGGUUGCUGAGAAGGUCGCCGAAGCAUUCUUGGACGAUCCAUGGAUCCAACUCCUCAUUAACGCUAUGCAGCAGGCCUUGAAGGUUUCCGAGACUUGGAGGAAAGAGGGAUACACUGUCAGGACCCCACACAUGAUCAAUGCGCUCUCGCCAAGCGAGAUCAGUUGUCUGGAUUGCAUCAAGCGUCUCGGAGCGCAACGGCCAUGCGAGUGA